UAACAACAAUACCUAAAUGGCUUACGCAGUUAAAAUAUUUCUUCCAAAUAUAGUCACUCGUAUUUUACAAAAGACAACUAAAUCAUCAUCUAAGCUGGCAUGAAACUCGUAAAUGUGCUCGUACAUCUACACACCAAGGAUCAGGGUCAUCUACGCUGGCGUGCAACUCGUAGAUGUACACGUAGGCCUAACAUGUACACACAUAUCUGCACAGGAAAAUUAAAAGUUACUGUCGAUUUUAACAUUUAUGUAACUUCUGCGGAACCCUGGUUGAAAACCACUGCUCUAUGUCAUGUACCACUGCUCUAUGUCAUGUACCACUGCUCUAUGUCAUGUACCACUGCUCUAAUCCAUAUUCUAGAUACCAUAUAACCGCCGUGUUGUCGCCUCAUGUGAUGAUAACUAGCAUGAACUUUAAACCUGUUACUUUGUUUUUUAAAAAUUUUUUAUCAGAACAGCUCCUGUAAACUGAGAACCAUUUAUAAAAUGUUUAUCUAAAUUCAAAACCAUUGACAUAGAUUUUGAAUAAAUAAACUUUCUAUUUAUGCAGCCAACAUACAAGAAUGUAAAUAGCUGGGGUAGACUACAUUUUUCUGUAGCGAACUUUCACGAACGGUUAAUUUGUCACAGAUUGCAAGGAACGACAGAAGCUUAUUUUAGGAAUUUAUUGAGAAAAUAGACGCUAAAGAAGUGGCAACAACAACAACAAGAGCAAAAACUCAAACAAAAACUACCACAGCAACAACAUCAGCAACAACAACUACAACAGUAAUGGAUUCGAAAGAACUAAAAGAUGAAAGUGAAUGUACUUACGUUCAAUUCUAUGGAAAAGACGGGAAUCCGAUGCCUGUUUAUAAUUAUAAAGGCUACAGUAUGCUUUGUGUACCAAUGAUACUAUCCGCCAUACCAAAAGUAAACACAAUAAAAUUUAGACCCGACGAUAUUUUGAUGUAUUCAUAUCCUGGAGCAGGGUCCCAUUGGAUGUUUGAAAUAGUAACUAUGAUACUGAAAGGAAGUUGUGAAAGAGUUUCCGCUAUAAAAGAAGACUUGCUUAUAGAAAUGGCCCCAAUGGAAACACUUGAAGCUGCUGAAUCUCCACGAUUCUUAAACUCACACCUUCCUAUUGAACUUCUUCCUCCGGAAUUGCUGAAGGGUCACAAAAUUAUAUAUAUAAACCGCAACCCAAAAGCUAUGCUUGUAACUUUCUACAGACAUCUGAUACAAUCUAAUUCGUUCGAAUACAAGGGAGACAUAUCAAGUUUUUUUUACCUUUAUAUGAAAGGGGAAGGUAAGUCUUGACUACUACUACUACUA